AUGCUAUUCAUCCUCCUGUUGUUCUUUGCCCUGGCGGCACUUGCAGCUCCCUUCGACCCGCUCCUCGACUUGGACACCAUCAAAAACCUCACAGCGACAAAUCGCUGCUCCAGCUCGCAAGACUGGCAAGCCUACGCCUUCCUCGUCGAAGAUUGCUUCACCGCCAUCCAGCGCGUCUACCUCGAACAGGUUCUCCAAAAACCUGACGAAAUCUACGAAUUCAUCGCCCCAGGCUCCUACCCCCAAACAAGGAAGCCAUGGGUGCGGACGCCGAUGCAGUACACCACGAACUCCUGUACCCUCUCCAUCGUAAUGCUCAACUGGUUCGGACCCCGAGAACCAUUGCCCGGCCGAGGACCCAGAGGCUACGAGCCGUCCGACACAGCCACCUUUAAAGACAUAUACGGCGCAGCACGCGUCGUUGAACGAGACUGCCUGCUACCCACUCGACGACCCGGGUGGGAUGUCGUUGGCGCCAAAUCCAGCAUCGGCGUCUUCCUCUGGGCGACCGACUCGGUCAUCAACGACCGAGUCACCGGGCAAGAAAGCCUUAUCCAUAGCUCGCCCAACGCGUCGUCGUCGUCGAACAAUGCCAACAACAUCGACUCAACCGAAUGA